CUCGGCCCGGCCCAGAGACCCCUCCUGGCCAGAGACACACGACACGAGCCCGGGGAUGAGGAUUGACCUUUAUUAUCUUUAUUACCAGGAGGCUGGAGAACCUGCAGAGGCCAUUCACUGUUGCUGGGCGAUCUGGCUACUGCAACCACAACAGCGUCAGAGGGAAAUGAGCCCUGUGUGUCCCGGGCUCUCCAGCAGCUCCCAGUGCUGCCUGCAGGACGGGACCCGGCCCCACAGCCCUGCAGGGGCACAGCAGCACCAUGUUCGCCACAGUGAGAUUCGGAGCCAACUGCCAAGAGAUGGUGAACCUGCUCUGCUGUGUCCAGACCCUCACAGGCCACCUCAAGUGGAAGUGUCAGUGCAGGCCUGAAGACUGCAUCGAUCUUGUGGACGAAAAGGGCAUCCUGAUGAACCUGAGCAAAGUGGGAGAUCCUGCAUCUGAAUAUGCCAGUAAAUACCUGCAGGGAAGGCAGCGCUACAUCCUCAUCAGAGUUGUCCGAGAAGAAAACUCUGAAGCCACCUGCUAUGAAUCCUUGCUAGAGGACCUGGGUAAACACUACCCUGACCUACCAGGGCUUGGUCACCCCACAGAUCGGCUGCAGCAGCUCUCAGGAAAGACCCAGAGGACAGAUCAGAGGAAGAAGGGCUCCUUGCAGAGGGCUCAGCCCCACACCAGCACCCGAGCCAGGAACAGGACCACCUUACAGAGCAAGAGGAACUCGGAACUCAAGAACACCCCUAAAUGAACUGGUCACACAGGCAGCACAGCCUUCACCAGGGCCCAAACACCUGCCCAGGUAUUUAUUCCUAGCACAGCAGGAGUCCCCUGCUGAGCCCCUCUUCCUGGGAUCUCCUGCCCCUCCCAGAGCUUCACACUAUCACAUCCCAAGCUGCACCCUGACAAACCAGGCACAGGUACCAUCCUCCUGCUUCAAGGGGGCCAUGUUCCCAUGGCACUCCCCAGGGACAAGAACCUGCACCUCCUUUCCACCCACCUGCUUUGUAUCACUGGAUGGGUCUGCUUCCCACUGCAGCACUCCAGAGUGGCCCUGCAGGGACUGUCCACAGCCAUCACCAGGAAAAGCUGCUCCAGAGACAGCCAGGCCCCUCAGGUGCAGAAGCAGCACUUUGCCAAGCUGGGUAAAAGGCAGAGCACACCUGCUGCUUCUCCACCCAGAGCAACACACCACCAGUCUAAAAGACUUAUUUCUUAAAGGGAGUUAAACAACUUUGGAGUGGUUCCUCCCUGCUCACACAGGACAGCUCAGCACAUGGAACACUUGAGCUUUUAAUCUCUGGCAUUUACUUUUCCUCUUGGCUGUCACUAAGAACACAAAACACCCCUAAUAAGGCCAGGCACAGCUCAGGACAUCUCUACCAAGAACUUAAAUCUGUGACAUUCAGAAGGAGAUCAGCCUCCAGUAUCUGCCACCAGCAUUUACCAUCUAGACCUGGAUUUCCUCAGAGAUCCCAGCAAGGGGCUGAGAAUUUGUCCUUUAUUCAACAGUCCCAGAUCAAAAGGUCAAGACUCAUUCUGCCAUGAAAAAUGCAUCAGUUAAGCAUCUGAAAGUGUCCUGGUUUCACUGCUGUGCCACUAAACUCCAGCUGAAACCUCAGAGUUCCCUCUUAUGCCAACAUGAGGAACAGGGUGUCCUGAUGGAGGGCAGUCCACGGGCAGCAAUCACGAGGCUGUGUAAGAGGAAAGCAGCUCUCAACUCCACCUGAUGCCAGUGACCUUGAGAGCAUUGCAUAACCUACUAAAGCUUUAAAGUCAGAUCAGCCAACUGUAUCCAAGUCCCACAGCCAGACAGGUGACACUCUCUUAGCUCUGAGGUCAGGACAGGUAUUCAGGGAAGAGGAUAUCUAUAGAAAAGUAGCUCGUCACUGAAAAUACUGUGGGACACUUGUUGGCUUACCUCUCUGCAGCCUCUCCUGUGCCUGGAGGGCAGCCAAUGUCUGCAUCUCCUUCUGCCAAGUCAUGCAGGCACAGUCCUUGCUAGGCUGCAACCCCUGCUCACAGGAAAUACAUGCUUGCCUUGUCCUUUGGCUGAUGUUAAUGUUUUGGUAGCUUAAUUUGAGCUUGAGAAUUAAAUAAAGAACAUGCACAAGUGAUAGGUCCAAAUAAAUUUUUUUAUUUCUCUGUAAUAAAUACAGCACUAUCUGAAUA